AUGGGGCCACCGCAAGUUCAAGGAUUGUCCGGGCCUCACCCACCGUUCUACCCGCAGUCGCAGAUGCCAGCUGGUGCUCCCGGUGAUUUAGGGCCACCUUCAAACAAGUUGGAUCCUUCGCAAGUUCCUUCUCCAGUAUUGCAAAUGAGAAAAGAUCAAGAAGUACUUGAUAGUAAGGAGAGAAUAUAUGGCACUCUUGCCAUCUGCCAAGUUGACAGUCCCUUUCCUUUACCUUUUGCUUCUUCUGAGUUUCAAGUUCAAGAUGAAGGAAAUUGCUCUCCUCGUUUUAUGAGAGUAACUAUUAACUAUUUACCGAACACGCCGGAACUUUUUAACACCAGCAAACUUCCGUUGGCCGCUAUUAUAAGACCAUUAGCUGAUCUUCAAAACGGUGAAGCUGAAGUUCCGAAAGUAAACUGUGGUGCAAACGGCCCUGUGAGAUGUUCAAGAUGUUUAGCUUAUGUAAAUCCAUUCAUGCAAUUUAUUGAAGGCGGAAGAAAAUUUGUGUGCAAUUUAUGUAAUCACUCCAAUGAAGUUCCUGAAGAAUAUUUUUGCAAUCUGGAUCACACAGGAAGAAGAAGAGACCUUGCCAGCCGCCAUGAAUUAUUAUUUGGCACCGUCGAGUUUCACGUGACCUCCAAGUAUUAUAAUAGAGAACCGAAGCCGAUUCGUUAUUUAAUUUGUAUUGAUGCUUCUAUGAGUUCUCUGCAAUCCGGAAUGCUUCAUUGUGUUUCUAAUGCUAUUCUUAAUGUUCUCGAUAAUCUUCCGAAGCCUGAAGGCUCGGCAACUUCGCCUAUUCAUAUUGGAAUAAUGACUUACAAUUAUAAUUUACAAUUUUACAACUUGAUGUCAACGUUAACGCAACCUCAAAUGAUGGUGGUUCCUGAUUUAUCCGAUAUUUUUGUGCCGCUGCAGACCAAUUUAUUUGUUGAUGUUAAUGAAUCGCGUUCUCUUCUUGUGCAACUUCUUGAGUCGUUGCCAACAAUUUUUCAAGAAAAAAGAAACAUUCAAAAUAUCGACGCUUGUAUUGGUGUAGCGGCGAAAGGCGCUUUGGAAGCUUUAAAAGAUCAUGGUGGUAAAGCUUUCAUCUUUCAAAUGAGUUUGCCCACGCGAGAUAUUCUGGGGAAACUCUCCGUAAGAAACGAUUCAGGCUCUGAUAUUUUCCAGGGAAAAUCGCCCUUUUACAAAACUUUGGGAAAAGAAAUGUGUCAGUCUGGCGUUUCCGUCGAUUUGUUUUUGUUUCCCUCUCAAUAUAUUGAUAUUGCUUCAUUAAGCGAUCUCACCUCACAAACGAAUGGUCAACUUUAUUUGUUCGAGAAUUUUAAUGCUAAUUUUCAUGGCCGUCGAUUGGUCAAUGAAGUAAGAAUGGCAGUCACUCGAAAUAUCGGCUUUGAAGCUUUGCUACGAGUGCGGUGUAGUACAGGAUUACGAGCAGCCACUUUUGAAGGGAAUAUUGUACUUUCAGGCAAUAACGACGUUGAACUAGCCGCCGUUGAUUCGUCCAGAACGCUGUUAUGUGGAAUGUUAUACGAUAAUUCUUUUCCGGCUGGCUCUUCUUUUGCUUAUAUUCAAACGGCGCUUCUCUAUACUACAAGAUUUGGAGAACGAUUAGUUCGAGUAUUUAAUCUUCGUCUUCCAGUUGUAACAACUUUAUUUAACGUAUUUAAAGGUGCUGAUUUGGAUUGUAUUAUGAAUUAUUAUCUUCGUUGCGCGGCUAAAGAACUGAAAAAGAAUGCAGAAGUCAAAGAAAAGAAGGAAAAAAUAUUAUAUCAUUGCGCAGAACUAUUAAGCGUGUAUCGUAAAAAUUGUGCAAGUAAUAAGCCUUCUGCACAACUAAUUCUUCCGGACUCUCUAAAGUUGUUUCCCGUUUAUACCUGUUCUUUAUGGAAGAAUGAGUUACUCCGCGCCGGUCACGUGAAAAGCGACCGCCGUGCUUUUCUUAUUCACGAAGUUCUCUCUAUGCCAGUCGAGCUGUCCAUUCCCUUUAUUUAUCCUACCCUCGUUUGCUUAUUGGAUGACUUUCCGGAAGGAAGCAUUUCUCCUGCUCUUGCUUGCACCGCGGAGUCUAUUAAGCCCGACUCCGCUUAUUUGUUUGAAAAUGGCUUUGAAAUGUUUUUGUUUAUUGGUCCUCAAUGCCCCUCAAGCUUUUACCUCGAAGUCUUUGGAUUCGACAAUCCGAAAGCCAUUAAUUUUGAUUUGUCAGAUAUUCCAGUUCUCGAAAACCAACUCAAUAAGAAACUUCGAAAUCUUGUUGAUCUUCUUCGGCAUCGUCGAAGGCGGUACAUGAGUUUGACUAUUGCCACAGCGGCCAGUAAGAACGAGAACCUUUUGCAAUACUAUCUAGUAGAAGAUAAAGGAGAGAAUAGCCGCUCUUAUCAUGACACUUUACGUUACAUUCACUCGAAAAUCCGCGCGUUAUUACAGUGAAUUUGGCCGUAU